UGAGAACUAAAUGGCGUAUUUUCAAAUUUUUCUUAUACUUGGCAUUGAUUUGUCCUGUGUGAUGCUUGCAACUGGUCGGCUAGAUCCACCAAAAGAUAUUCGAAUAGAUAUAAUCGAUAAUACAGCUAAAAUCUCAUGGAUGAUACCUUCUAACCAAAUGGUAUAUUAUUCUCGGAUCUAUCUUAACAAUUCCAAAGAAGGCGAAAUAGAUUUAGAUUCAGAAAGAAAGCAUCGACAUAAAGAUAUACGAUUUCCACAUUCUAGCUUUGAGAUCGAAAAUUUAAAGAUGUGUUCAGAAUAUUAUGUCAGUAUACAAUGUAAAAGUCGACAUCAAUUAUCCGAAUUCACCACACAAAAGUUUGGGAUGACAAACACGACAUUCACUGCUGAAAUUGAUGAAAAUGUUGCUUUAACUUGGAGGACCAGUUUUAGCUAUGACGAUAUAUUUUAUGUUACGAAGCAUACGAGAAGAAUUUUAUUUGGUGUUUAUUUUGGCUCUCGUUUGGUGAAUAAUAAAAAAGAUCAGGAGAAAUACAAAUUUGACAACAUGCCACAGGAUGAACGCUUCAUCAAUAUCACCGUUAUUAGUGUGAAGCAGACAGAUGCUGGGCUAUACGGAUCAGUUGAUGACUAUGAAAGAAAUGCGAUUGGAUGCUGUGUUUUAGUUGUAACAACUGAACCAAUGAAUCCAGUUUUAACCAUUGACCAUGAGCAUCCAUUCGUAAACAAUAACAUUACCUUUACCUGUAAUUCAACAGUUCAACGGUGGCCUGGAUACAUACCUUCAAAUCUGUCAUAUCAGUAUUUCGGAAACCCAAGAGGAGAUACCGACGGCAAUAAGCUAAUAUUAAACACACUUACAAAGUCUGAUAAAGGAAUAACUAUAUCGUGUCACGCAACUGAUGAUCUUGGAAAAGUAUCAAACAUGAGUGAAAGUAUUAUUUUGGAUCCUUAUUAUGGUCCUGACAUAAUUGUGCUAAAACCUAAAUACGAGGCUGUCAAUGUUACAGAAGGAACUAUAUUAGGCCCUAUACAUUGCAAUGCCGAUUGCAAUCCGAAAUGUAUAUUCAAUUGGAAAGUUAGCAGAAUCAGACAUUUUGCACUCGUCCAUUCAAAUCAGUAUCUAACUGUAGUAGACAUAAAGAAGAAUCAGGCUGGGAUCUAUCGUUGCAGUGUUGUUCAUCCUUAUGAUAUAACAAUGACGAGAAGGAUAGAUCUAGUUGUUAAUGUACAGUAUUCUCCCAAAAUUAUAGAACUUUGGUUAAGUGAUAAUAACGAAACAUAUGAAUGGAGUAACGCUACAAUCUAUAGUUUCAGUGAAGACGUUAAUCUCAAGAUAAGAUUGAGAAUUGAAAGUAACCCAGAUCCGCAAUUAGUAUUAAGCUCAUCUUUGAUGAAGUUUCCACCAUUACGUUAUACGAAACGGGGUAUUGAGUUUUUAUCAGAACUCCCUUCUCUGACAUGUGAAGAUUCAGGAAACUAUACUAUACAGGCUUUCAAUGGAAUUAAAUAUGGAAAUACCAGAACAGUAAACUUAAUGAUAUAUUGUAAACCUCGAAAUGUCAUAGCAGACUUCAAGAGAAUUAAAACAAAAGUGAACAAAACUGAAAAUAUAGUAAUGCAGGUAGUCUCAUUCCCGAAGCCAACUGUAAAAUGGACUCGUACGACUGGAUUCUUCUGGAUGGUUCAAAAAGAUAGAUAUAAUUACAGAUAUAGAAUUUAUUCCUCUAUACAUAUUAAAUCGAAAGAUGACUUUGGUGAAUAUGGAAUACAUGUAUGUAAUAGAUUCGGAUGUAUUGAAGAAAUUUUCACUAUUACAUAUGAAGAUGAUGUUCCAACAGUCAAAAACGAAAACCCAGGAAUGUUUGCAGCAGGAAUAACAACUUUAGUAUUUGGUUUGAUAGCCUUAAUUCCUGGAACGUUUUUUGCUAUUCGCAAGUGUUUGAAAACCAUGAAAAAAAUAUCAGUUCAAUCGGAUGAAUAUACUGAUGUGAAGAGAAGCAAUCCAGCAUUUUCAGAUCAAUAUUCUAGCUUGCAGCCGCAAUCGGAAUCAAGACCUCUUCAAGAGCCCCGUAAUGAUACAUAUGAAGAAUGUGGAAUGACACCCGAGGUGGAUAUUUAUCAAAACAUUGAAGAGGGAUCAGGAAAAGAGAAAAAAAAAACACCAACCAAGUGAUGAGUGCUGAAAUGAAGAUAUAGCCGUUCGCUAGAGAUAUUGAUUUUAGAUUUGAUAUAUACUUCUGUAAUCAGUUAAACAAUAUGUUAUUUAAUCAUCUGUGUCCUUUCAGGUGAAUGGUAUUUUAUUGUGUGUAUUAUAUAGAUAUAUAACAUUGUCUCAGCUAAAAUCAAGCAUGUGUCAAAUAGCUUAACCAAUUUUAAAUAAAAUGUAUAGAUGGUUUUUAAAAUGGUGUUUAUCUACUUCAGAAAAGAAGUUGAAUACUUUAGGUUUGUUAGAAGCUAAGAAGCAUUAAUAUUGUUAACGUUUACAAUUCAAGAAAAAUACAUUCAUGUAUUGAACGCACGAUCGUUUUUUUUUUCUUCUAGCAAAUAACACCUGAUGUGGUUUCUUCAUUUCAUUCACUGUAAAAUUUACCCAUCUAUUGGGUAUGUUUAUCAUUAUUGAGGAUAAUGACAGCUUAAACUUACGGCGUACACACAAAUGGCUUGAAAUCAUUUGCAUAAAAAUUAAUGACAAUCAUAAUUAUAUGGUACUAGCCCUUGACCAAAUAUCUUGUACAACCUGUCAUAUUUUGUAUGAACGGACUUGUUUAGUACAAACGACAAAUUUAUAAUAAGACUUUAUAGAAUCCACAUCGGAAGACCUAUUUUUGGAACUAUCUACACCCUAAGAUACACGCUAUAAUAAAAGAUAGACUAGCCAAAUGGAAUAGUAAAUAAUGCUUUAAAGCAAUACAUAAUCUGAAUUUAAAUAAAUUUUUUAACUGAACUGAAUUUAUUCUGUUUUUCCGCAACUUUUCACAUGUUUCAUAUGUUAAACAAAUAUUUCUAAAUAGAGAACUUGAAUUUCUGACAGUAUUUCAAUCUCGAUCAGUAUUCUCUGUAUUUAUUUUUUGUUUGGAUUUUUCUUUUUUAUUUUAAGGCUUUUUAUUUCUUAAUUGUUGCAAUUGCUUAUUAAGUAGUCCCGUUGUAGUAUGUGCGAUUCAAUCAUGGAUGAUUAUACAUUCGAUUCCUCACUUGGUCAAACAGAAGACAUUACAAUUGAAAUUUACCGCUAUUCAUCAAAAUACGCCUCAUCUUUGAGCAGUCUAAAGACUGGAUUCUUUGCCGCUCAUAAUAUGUGCGAAACGUUUGAAGAGUAUUCCUAGCUACACGUACAAAUAUCUGACUCAGCGCAUUUAGUAUGUCAUUCUAUGAUGUAUUCACUAAAUAUGCAUGUGAUACGCGUCGGUAACAGUUAAGCGAAAGGAAAUCCCUUCUAAACAUAAAUGACAAAUUCAUAACCUAAUCUCCCAAUUUAUUUUGUUUAUUAUAUUGUCGUUUAAUUUUGUAGCAGUUCAGUGUUUCUGUUAUUCCGUUGUUUUUCUUCUUAUAGUUGAUAUGUUUCUCUCGGUUUUGGUUUUGUGACCCGGAAUUUGUUUUCGCUUAAUCGAUUUAUGACUAUUGAACAGCGGUAUACUACCGUUGCCUUUAUUAAGGUUCAAAAAUUUCAACCAAAAUUUACAAUAACAGUUAUUAAAUACAUUAUACUAGUAGUCACAAUACACAUUCGCUGAUAUUUUUCAUUCAUUAUAUAUUGAAGCCAAUAUAUGGCCCCAUUUAGUCAUUACCUUCAUUCCAUUAUAUCUAGAUAUGAGUCUAUUUUGCUAUUGAAAACUGUUUAGUUUAUGUCACUUUAAUAUUUUGUUAACCAAAAUUUCACCCUUGUUAUAAUGUUUAUACAAUUUGAACCCUUUUCUUUCCAUGUAACGUAAAUAUUUGAACAAUCGUAGGCAAACAAAGAUGAUAAAAGAUACAUCAAAAGAUAAAAAACCAAAUCGGGAAUGGAAUAAUUGCGAAAGAUAUCGAUUUUCCGCGGAAAAAUUUGGAAAGUAAUUUUAACUUUUCCUAGUAUUAAAUUUGUUUCGUGAAAAGGUGUCUCACCUUUCUUUUCGUCGUGUUUACCGAACGUUUUCCUUUAUUCCUAGAAUUCAAUAUAAAUAUCUUUAAUCUUAAAAUGUAAUCAAAAUCACAAAAAACGACACAAAAAUGUAUUUUGUGUUUGGAUGAUACCAUGCAUGAACAUUUUUCAUAUGAAGGAAAGUCAAACAACACCAGUUUGGUCAGGUUCCAUCUUCUAAAAAUGGAACGACUUCUAAAUUGGGUACAACAUUUCAUCAUUCGUUUGUGAUCGUGUGAUGAAUUCCAAAUUAAAGGUUUUACAGUAUUCAUUCAGAUGUCACAAAUUCCACAAGUUUUAAUCGCUUAAACAUGUUGCUGUUAUUUCAUCUUUUUAACAGCAAUUAUUUUGAUGUAGAUUCAGAAUUACAAACCACUAACCCCCAACAGAAAAAGGGAGAUUUUAUAACGUUGAAAGAAAUGAUACAAAAUUUCAUAUACGGAUCUGAGAUAAUUCCAUUAUGAAGUAGUAUUGUAGCGACAGUAGAAAAAAACUAAUCGGAUAUAUUAAAUACUAAUUGGCACAAACAAUCAUAUAAACGGUAAAAACAUAAUGAGCAAGUAAAAUAAAACUUGUAGGUAUAAAGAUUAUGUAUUUCUAUAAAAUACGCUUCGGUUCUGUUGUUUCAAACUGUAACUUGUAUUAAAACCACUGUAUUGUAUGUACAUGUUUGUAAAUAUAUCAUUUUUUUUUUUUGUAAAUGUGCUUCUUUCUCUCUGUACUUUUGUAUCUUCAUUGGAAAUAAAAUAUAAAGAUUUUACAUUGUAAAAACU